AUGGGUGCUACUGCCUUCUUCUACCUCCUGCUGUCCCUCUGGCUCUGGGUUCAGGAUGCAACUGCAGCUGAUCUUGGCUUCACAAGAAGUGAUUUCCCACGGGAAUUCGUCUUUGGAGCUGGAACCUCGGCAUACCAAUAUGAGGGUGCCGUUGCUGAGGAUGGCAGGAGCCCAAGCAGUUGGGACACUUCCACUCACGCAGGCAAAAUACCAGACAAAAGCACGGGAGAUGUUGCUGCAGAUGGGUACCACAAAUACAUGGAGGAUGUGAAGCUCAUGUCUGAGACGGGUCUAGAGGCCUAUAGGUUCUCCAUCUCCUGGUCAAGGCUCAUUCCAAAUGGACGUGGAGCUGUCAAUCCCAAAGGGCUACAGUACUACCAUAACCUCAUUGAUGAGCUAGUGAAUCAUGGAAUUCAAGUCCACAUCAGACUUCACCAUCUAGAUCUUCCCCAGAUUCUUGAAGAUGAGUAUGGUGGAUGGUUAAGCCCCAGAAUUAUAUUUCACAGCAUAUGCAGAUGUUUGCUUCAGGGAGUUUGGAGAUAG